UAGACCGGCGUAGAAGAAAAGAAAGAAGCAGCUGCCGAGGGCGACCGCCGAAAGCGGCCAUCGGACGGAUCGAACCUGGUUUCCUCCUCGCCCGUCCUGUCGUGUCGCCUCCACCGUCAACCCACCGUCGGGCGGCACCUGGUUUUGCCCCGUCCGCCCUCGCUGACCUCCCGCAUAUAUCCCCACCUCUCCUGUUGCCCCUUCGUCCCCACCAGCUCGGUUGAUUCAUCCCUCCCUCUCUCUGCCACGAUCCAGCGCGUUUCUUUGCGUCUUCUGUUAUCCUUUUGGAGCUGCCUACUGCCAUGGGAGCGGGGAUGGUGGAGCUCGGGCCCGGGGUGGUGGAGGUGGGCGCGGCGGAGGCCGCGCAGACCGUGCCGCCGGCCAAGAGGAGGCGGGUGGUGGCCCUCAAGACCGCGGCGGCGGCGGCGGCAGGAAGGAGGCCGCGGCGCGACAGGAGGCCGACCGCCAUCCAGCGGCUCUUCCAGGCCUGCCGCGCCGUCUUCAAGGGCCCCGGCACCGUGCCCAAGCCCGCCGAGGUCGCCCUGCUCCGCGCCAUGCUCGACAAAAUGAGACCAGAGGACGUCGGCCUAAGCUCAAACAUGCCCUUCUUCAGGAAUAGAGAGGCGGCAACCGAAGGGACCCCCACCAUCACACACACCACCAUAUACAAAUCUGAGAAAUUUUCCAUGGUUCUCUUCUUCUUGCCGACGAAUGCGGUCAUCCCUCUGCACAACCACCCCGGUAUGACGGUGUUCAACAAGCUGCUCAUCGGAUCGAUGCACGCAAAGUCAUAUGACUGGGCUGAUCCUGAUGAUCCGGCUAAUGAGAGUGGCGCUUCGUCGCCUGACGGUAAAUUGAGACUGGCACAACUAGUCGUGGACGAUGUUUUCACAGCGCCGUGCGACACGUCGGUCCUGUUCCCGACGGCGGGAGGCAACAUGCACCGGUUCAGGGCCGUCGCGCCAUCUGCGUUCCUUGACAUCCUUGGCCCCCCUUACUCCAUCGAAGAGGACCGAGACUGCACGUACUACACGGACAUUCCAUACUCCGAGCAUCGCAUGACCAGCAAUGAGCCCAUCGGCGACGAGCAAGAAGGCCGGCGUCUCGCGUGGCUGAAAGAGGUCGAGAUGCCGAAGGAUCUGAAGAUGUGCAGCGUCCGGUAUGGCGGCCCGCCAAUCUCCGGCAGAUGAUCGAUGAUCCUUUCCUUCCAGCCCUUUGCAACCGAUGAUGAGCUGUCAAGUGUCAACCCAACUCAAACCAGAUGGUGUCAGAAUCGCUGUUUACCUUGUGAAUACAGCAGCAAGCUAGUUAGUUGAGCCAUAAGAAUAGGUCUCAGUUUGUGCAUGAUGUCUCAAUCAGUUAUGGCAGUUUACCAUGUAAAAGUGCUUGCUUGCUUGCUUUUGCAGCAGCUGUGUACGUGGACCUUGUCCAGCAGAUCCCUUUGUUGAUCUUUUCUCAAUAUAUAGAUCAUGCCAUAGAUUUUA